AUGGGACUUUUGGACAAUCAUCCAUCCGUAAACAAGGACUAUUCUCCGGGAAGUACACCCGACACACAAGCGCACAAUUGGGCAAAUAUAUCCUCUGGUCCGACCGGCCUUACCCCCCUCAAGGACUGGAUCACCGAUUCGUAUGGUCGCGUGUGUCUUUUAAGAGGGGUAAAUAUAUCGGGGAUGAGUAAAGUUCCUAUGAAUCACAAUCCGGACACGUUCCCCCAUGACCACCGAUCUGUCACGUUCGUUGGUCGUCCAUUCCCCCUCGAAGAGGCUCCCCAACAUUUUGCACGACUUCGUAGAUGGGGGCUGACUUUCAUUAGAUUCAAUGUGACGUGGGAGGCAAUAGAACACGCAGGCCCUGGCGAAUACGACACGGACUAUCUUGAAUAUCUACAAAAGGUCCUUGCCCUUCUUCCAGAAUUUGGUCUGGUCGCAUUUGUUGCCUUGCACCAAGAUGUUUGGUCCCGUUACUCAGGGGGCUCGGGCGCACCUGCCUGGACACUCGAAGCGGCAGGAUUUGAUAUAGGAAAUAUUGGAGGGGCGUGUGGUGCAGCCUACCUGGGCGGUGUCCAAGGAAAUGGAGUGGAAAUUGACCGAGGCAGGUGGCCUACUGGGUACCAAAAGCUAGCAGCGUCUACAAUGGCAACGCUUUUCUGGUCCGGAAAGACAUACGCGCCAAAGUUACGCGUUAAAAGUCGUGUUUCCAACGAAACGAUCAACAUACAAGAUUUUCUUCAAAACCACUUUUUAGACGCCUUCGAUCAGCUUGUUCGAGCCGUAGGAGAUUGCGAAGGGGUUAUUGGGUUUGAGUUAAUGAACGAACCCCAUCGUGGUUAUGUCUCUAUUCCAUCUUUGCACUCAUUCGACUAUAACACCGACCUCCAUUUGCAUGAUACUCCCAACGCUCUCCAAUCCUUUGCUCUCGGGGCUGGACACGCUGUACGCAUUCCCCACUAUGUGCGAUCAUGGCCCUGGCCAACCCGAAUAGGGAAGCAUGUGCUUCGAAACCAAGAAGGUGUCAAGGCCUGGCGCGAAAACGGUCCCACUCAGGGUAAAUGUAUCUGGGAGAUGCAUGGUGUUUGGGGCUGGGACAUCAAGAAAAGCGAACCAGUGCCAUUACGAGAAGGCUACUUUAAGAAAAACCCUGAUACUGGAGAAGAUGUUGAGUGGCACGCGGACUUCUUUUACCCAUUUGUGAGGCGAUGGUCUGCUCGGGUGCAUGAGUUAACCGGGAACCGUAAAAUGGUAUUCCUUGAGGCUAUCCCGAACGAGUUUUGUCCGUCUUCAUGGAUAUCGGAGAAUCAACCCCACAAUAUGGUCUUUGCUCCGCACUGGUACGAUCUUAAUGCCUUGUUUAGCAAGGCGUUUGGGUCUAUGAGCGUCAAUGUACAAGGCCUCUCUCGAGGAAUGUUUGUUCUGAAAGCACUUUACUGGGGGCAUUCGGGAGCACGCGAAAACUAUACCUUACAGAUUCGUAAUAUCGUUGAGAACGCACGUAAGUCACUUUCGGGCUCCAGGCCUACUAUCAUCGGAGAGUGCGGGAUUCCGAUGGAUAUGAAUAAUGGCGCAGGUUUUGCUAUCGAGCCAUACAAGUGGCACUUGCGUAUGAUGGACGCUCUGAUGACCGCACUCGAACGAAACCUUGUUGGAUUCACAUUAUGGAAUUACAAUCCUUGCAACGAUGACGCGCAUGGAGAUUCUUGGAACGGGGAAAAUUUCUCGUGGUUCAGUCAAUUACGAGCAGCUCCCGAUCUUUCGAGCGCACAAUCUCUAUCCCAGUCCAACAAGGCUCUUGACACCGGGGCGCGCCUUUUAUCGGUACUUGUUCGCCCUUAUCCAGCCAAAAUCUCUGGUUAUCCAAUCAAGUUCAGCUACGAACCCUCUAAUGGAUCAUUCGAGUUUGUUUUCAAAGCAUUUGACCCAUCUCGAAAUAAAUCGAUCCGGUCAAGGGAAACCGAAAUUUACUUGCCCACAGAACUCACAUCCGGUCGCAAGUUGAUAAUCGACUCGGAAGGGUCCAACUUGGAGUGGUCGUACAAUCACGAACGCCAGACUCUAUUCGUCGUGCACUCGGGCGAAGGUGUGAGAACCCUGAGGGUCUCCGUUGAUCCUCCUUUGAAUAAUCGAUUGAUCAAGCCAACUCCGGAUUGGGCCAAGUUUCUUACAUUAUGGUUUGGCCUAUGGCUGUCUGUUUUUGCCAUUACAUUUGCAACUUGGCACUAA